AUGCUCCACAAGUCCUACGAAGUAUGGCUCAAGGUCGACGGCGAACGGCUACCGGAGUACAACUUAGAGAUGGAGGGGGAUGACCAGAAGACGGCGGCGUGCUAUGUUCCGAGCGAGAGAGGGAAGCACUUCGCGAUCCACUGGCGGGACCACAAAGCGACCGACUACCUUUCGCUCGAGUUCACCAUAGACGGAACUCGCUUGCGUUCUGCUCAAUAUUGCGACCCAGGCAAGACUGGCUUCAAGGCCGAUGUCCGCCGCGACGCCGAGUACACCCACCCACUGAUGUUCUCAGACCUGCAAAUCACCGACGGGGAAGAUGCCUUCCAGCCCACCGCAGCUCUGGGUACCAUCGUGGUCAGCGUCACUCGGAUGAACCCGCCACAGUUGGUUCCUCGGGGUGACUGGCACGUGCGGGGGGAAGACUUCCACGGAGUAGGCGUUGUACACGAGACUAGCAAGAAGGCGGGCACGCAUGGGGUAUCGCUGGGAGAAGCACAGUUCAAGCCAAAACGCCUUGAUAGAAAUCGAAACAAGAUGAGGCGCAAGAAUACGCCAGUGGAUCGGGGGGAGGGAGCAGUGGCGCGAUUUGUGUUCCGCUAUAAACCAUACGAUUUACUACAAGCUCAAAGCAUAGUUCCUCCGCCUGUUCCGUCGCUCUCGCUCGUCGCAUUACCCGACACGCCUCUAGCAACUACUGCGUCCGUGACGCAAAAUCGUGCCUUGAAGCGCCCUCCGUCGUCUGAGCGUCCUCCAAAGCGUCCUCGCGGGGACCCAGGUCACACCGUUGAUCAAAGCCCCAUCUCAGACGUCUUAGACGACGAUGACGAGCUCGAUAGUUACAGGUACGUUGUGUGUUCUUGUGCUGAAAGUAAUCUAAGCCGAUGUCAUGCGCCAUAUUGA